UAACACUGCUACAUCGUCUGCUACCAUACUAACGACGUACAUACAUACAUACCGGAAAACUACUACACAUGUAAUCUGUACUAUUGAUGUACUCUCCGCUUAGCACUAACUUUAAUUCAUAAAUCGGGUCUGAUGGUAGAGUGUAGCAUCAGCUUCACUGCUAAAAAAUAAUGGAACUGUUAAUGGGACGAGCUUGUCUAAGGCUAGUCAGUUCGCCUGUGAGGCUGUCAAGGAAUUUAGCACACGUACGAACAUCAUUUCUGGGUUAUGAAAGACGCCUCAGCUUGCCAAAAGGGCAGAUACUUGGAACGUCGGUUUUCGAGAUGUAUUAUCAACCCUCACUGACACAAGUUUGUCAAACGAAAAAAAUAGAAAGGCGUAACCCUUGCAACAGCAAUGGUUUUGCUCAGUGUCGAUUAUUUUCCAAUCAACCUAAGAAAGAAUGCGAUACCGCUUCAACUCCCGUGCCACAGUUAACUGUCUUUCAGAAAAUGAAACAGAUGACCAAAGACUACUGGUACGUCCUCAUACCGGUACAUGUAGCUACCUCGGCUGUCUGGGUACUGAUAUUUUACGUGGCAGCUAAAAAUAGCAUAGAUGUGAUUUGGAUAUUGGAGAAGUUGAACGUUAGUGAGAAGUACAUUAACAUUCUACGAGGUUCUAGUGCUGGCUUUUGGGCUAUAGUAUACGCGUUGUAUAAAAUAUUCACGCCCCUUCGAUAUAUGGUCACUGUUGGAGGUACAACAUUAAGCAUCAGGUAUCUCCGCAAAAUGGGUUACAUGAACUUGAAACUUCGAACAAGUCCUACACAAAAGCCACAAAGUGCAGGACAGAGUGUUUCUGGGCACAAGACAAGUUCGGGAAAAGUAGGGUGCAAGGAUGGUCAGACGCAAGCCGAUCCGCCAAAAACGUAGUACGGGUCUUGUAUACCUAUGGUUGGCCGCCAGGGUGUUUGAUAAGUUAAUAUGAGCCAUGCUCCCUAAUGCCUAAUUUGUGGUAUCCUGUAAAUAUUGUAUUGAAAUGUUUGUAAUAAAGUAUGGAGAAUGUAAUGUUUUAAUCAAGAUUUUUCAUUUAACUGAUUUCAAUGGCUCUGAUCAUAUC